CAAACGCGCCACCACAUGACUGCUGCGUCUCGAGCGCCUCCUAGUCGGCUUGAAAAAUAUUCAUUCUGAUGACGUCACCGGCAGAGUUGUCAUGGCGUCUUUUGGACCGAAUGUACUGCUGCAAUUUAGCUAGAAUCUAUCGACAGUCGAAAUGGAGAAAAAUGCAGACGUGCAUCGAGACCCCGUCGGGAGCGACACCAUCGGGGCGAGCACAGGCGACGCUCCUGCUUCGGGAGGCGGGAAAGGAGCGGCGGAGAAAUGCACAAAUAGUGAGCCUCGUCUCAGUAGUUUGCAGGAUACGGAUCGCUCUAACAACAGCACCGAUGAGGAGCCUAGCACCCUUCAUGUAAACCCCGGCGUGGGCAGGUGUGAUUUAGUGGAGGUCCUGGAAGUGUCGGCUGGACAGGAGGCGAGGAAGCACGCCGACUCGAGUGGCUCGCGGACUGGGGAGCAGCAGAUCACUAACGGGAUGGGAUCGGAUCCAAAUAAGGAGGGUGGUGCCUCAAAGUUAGUAAACAACCAAACCGACUGGCCGUCCUCAGGUGCUGACGAGAAAGAAAUCGAGCCGACCAAACUUGCCAAACCCACCCAUCUGUGUCCGGGCAGGACAAUCCCAGACGACCUGAGCGCCCCGCACGCCUUAUCCGAGGGGCUGGCGAGCGGCAGCGACCCGGACCCGGAUGCCAGCCUCGGCGGGUGUGAGUCCCGCAGCCUGGACUCACUGGAGGAGUCUUUCUCCAAGCUCAACUCGUGCCCCAGCUCUGACUUGAACAGCGAGGGCCUGGAGGAGCGAGGGCUCGCCCUGGCCCUGCAGGGCGAGUUCAGCCUGGAUGGCACCAAGGCGAUGUGCGCCAAGGACCGAGCGGCCGGUCAGUCGAUCUACCACAUCAAGUGGAUCAAGUGGAGGGAGGAGAACACGCCGAUCAUCACCCAGAACGAGAACGGGCCCUGUCCGCUGCUGGCCAUCAUGAACGUACUCCUGCUUGCCUGGAAGGUUAAAAUGCCUCCGAUGAUGGAGAUUAUUACAGCCGAGCAACUGAUGGAGUAUCUUGGAGACUACAUCCUGGAAACCAAACCGAAAGAGAUCUCGGAGGCCCAGCGCCUAAAUUAUGAACAGAACAUGAGCGACGCCAUGGCAGUAUUGCACAAACUACAGACGGGCUUGGAUGUGAAUGUGAAAUUCACAGGGGUGCGGGUUUUUGAGUACACUCCAGAAUGCAUCGUGUUCGAUCUGCUGGACAUCCCCCUCUACCACGGCUGGCUGGUGGACCCCCAGAUGUGUGACAUUGUCAAGGCAGUGGGCAACUGCAGCUACAACCAGCUGGUGGAGAAGAUAAUAUCCUGUAAACAGUCAGACAACAGUGAGCUGGCAGGCGAAGGCAUUGUGGCAGAGCAGUUCCUGAGCAGCACGGCCACUCAGCUGACGUACCACGGCCUGUGUGAGCUCACAUCCACCGUGCAGGAGGGAGAACUCUGCGUGUUUUUCAGGAAUAACCACUUCAGCACCAUGAUUAAAUACAAGGGUCAGCUAUACCUACUGGUGACCGAUCAAGGCUUCCUGACAGAAGAAAAGGUCGUGUGGGAGAGUCUUCACAACGUGGACGGAGAUGGAAAUUUCUGUGAUUCCGAAUUCCGGUUGAGGCCCCCGUCGGACCCGGAGACCGUGUACCGAGGACAGCAGGAUCAGAUAGACCAGGACUACUUGAUGGCGCUGUCGCUGCAGCAGGAGCAGCAGAGUCAGGACCUACAGUGGGAGCAGCUCCCUGGCAUCAGUGACCUGGAGCUGGCUAAAAAGCUGCAGGAGGAGGAGGACCGCCGAGCAUCACAGUACUACCAGGAACAGGAGCAAGAGCAGGCGGCAGCGGCGCAGGCUGCACAAGUGCAGGCUCAGCAAGAGGCUGCAGAGGGAGACGAGGUGGACCGAGGGGCAGCGGGA